UGACUGCAGGGCUCAGGGGCCGGGACUCCUGAGUUCAGCUCCUGGCCAGCCCAGUCGGUUCUGGCGUUCAACUUCGCUAGGUUUGUCCGUGUGGGUAGCUAGUUGAGGACCGCCUGCUUCCCUGCCAGGACUGCUCGGUGUCCCCAGAUAAGUCUCACAAGCCAAGAACAAAAUUAAGGCUACAAACUUGGGGCUGCUGUUGUGGCGCAGCAGGGUGCGGGCCAUGGACAGGAAUGAUGCCAUCGACUUCAAGGCUUUGGAGAAGGAGCUGCAGGCAGCACUCGCGGCUGAUGAGAAGUACAAGCGGGAGAACGCGGCCAAGCUGCGGGCAGUGGAGCAGAGGGUGCCUUCCUACGAGCAGUUCAGGGCUAUUGUCCUCGCGUCACAUCUGAGGCCACUGGAGCGGAAGGACAAGACGGGAGGAAAGAGAAGCGUGCCCUGGAACUGUCACUCUGGCCAGGGAAAGGCUUCCCAUGACGUGACCCCCGAAGCCCCCCAGGAGGAAGCUGCCGUCCAGCCCACGACCUCAGCAGAGUUCUACCGCAACUGGCGUCGCCACCUGCAGAACGGACCAGAGCGCUACCAGGCCCUGCUGCAGCUCGGGGGCCCAGAGCUGGGCCACCUGUUCCAGGUGGAUGUGGGAUUUGGGCUUCUAGGGGAGUUUCUGGUGGCCCUGGCGGAUCAGGUGAGGCCGGCAGACCGUGCGGCAGUGCUGGGGAUCCUGCACAGCCUGGCCAGCACAGGACGCUUCCCCUUGAACCUGAGCCUGUUGAGCGCCGCAGAGCGAGAGAGCUGCAGACGCUUGUUCCAGAAGCUGCAGGCCAUGGGCACGCCUAGAGCUGUGAAGGAGGGGCUCAGGCAGGAGGAGCAAGGCCUGGAGCCGUCUGCGGGGCUGCAGGUGGAGGAGGAGCUCCUGCAGCACCUGCGAGGGCUGUACGGGGUGGACGGGUAGGACCAGCUCCCCUCAGAGGCCUCCGAGGGCCGUGCGGGGUGGACGGUUAGGACCCGCUCCCCUCAGAGGCCCCCCACGGUCUCUGGAGGCACUCGGGGGUGUCGCCUUCGGGUCUCUACAGGACUGCCAUGAGAAAGCCACACCUGCCCACCUUCUCAAUGUGGAGUUUUUAGAGCAAAAGCAGGAACUGAGCCUCCCCCUCCUCUCUAGCCGCUCCAGCCACGGGACAGUCAGGGGCCCAGGAAGUUGAAAGCAGUUUUGCUUCCCAGACUUGUGCCAAGUCUCUAGCCUACAGGCCCUAAACAAUAAGUACGUGUCCAGCCAAACGCUGGGCGCGCCAGUUACAGCCUCCGCUCAGAGGAAGGAAAAGCGAACUUCAUCGUCUUCUCGGGGAGGUAGGUGUGGACUUCCACAGUAUGAGCCUGCUUAUGGCCCAGAUCCAGUGAGUGCGCACUGACCCAACGAUGAUCAGAUGCUCCCGUGUUCCCCUAGGGACCAAGGCCUGGGAGGGGGCCUGGGCAAGCCCCAGGCCAUCAGCACAGGUCUGGCCAGCCUCCCUGGUGGGGGGAGGUGGGCUCCCUCGGUGUCCCCGACUGAGAGCAGGGAAGACUUUUCCACGAGGCAGCCAUGCAGAGCCUGGAACAGGGAGGCCGAAGGGAAGACCCUGCCCGGGCGCCUGGGCCCCUCUCAUUCCGGCCACCCUGGACCCAUUCUUGGGCGAGCGCCAGGGUUCUAGAAAGGGGAGUGAGGGCCGGGUUCUAGAAUGGCUUUCCCUGGAGCUCACGCCUGGAACAUUGGAAGGGCAUCUUGUACACAGCUGGGAAUAAACCGCCUUGCUUCUGGCUGCUUCCUCCUCCUCUUCCAGCCGCUGACUCCUUCUCUCCUACAGAGAACUUUGGGCAGAGAUUUUGUUUUCCUGGAAGCCACGCGGGCC